AAACAUCCUUUAUCCAAAGACAUAGACGACCUCUUUCUGAGGAGGAGGAAACAGGAGGCAAUACAGAAUGAAGUGCUGGAGUUUACCAAGGAUCAAAGCUCCUGUGGUGUGAGAAUGAGAUGGGAAAGGAACACACAGCGCCAGAUGGUGUCGGCCACUAUUAGCAGACGUCUACAUGAAGCAAGAGAGCAGUACCAGAUGGACAUUGAUGAAAGGAGGGAAAGGCUUCGUGAGCUGCUAGAGUCAGAGGAGGGGGAGAUCUUCAGGGAGAUGGAGGCACAAAAGGAGACAGUGUUGGAGAGGCAAGCUAAGAUGGUUGAAAGAGCCAAGACUCUACGAGAGAGAAGAGAGAGCGAGAGACAGAGACUUGCUGCUGAGAAACUCGAUCAGCUCUUCAGAGAGCAAUGUGAGGAGCUGCGUGCCGUGGAGAUGAUGCGCAGACAGGAUGAGGUCUGCACUGAGCGUGCAGCUCAGAUCCAUACUAAGGAGGAAGUGCAACGGAUGCAACAAGAAGAAGACAGACUGUUCUCCCAGAUGUGGGAGAGCGACAGGAUGGCCAAAGAGGAGCGUCAUAACCACGAGGUUCAACGUCAGAGAGAGAACAACCUCCAGCAGAAGGCAUUCCUGCAGGCACAGAUGGAAAUGACUGAGCAGCAGAGAAUACAGGCAAAGCAACUGAAACAAGAGGAGGCCCAGUUACUGAGAGAGCACAGGGAGAUGCUUCGCCUGGAGGCAGAGAGAGAACACAGACAGAAGCUUCAAGACCAGGAGAAACGACGUAAACAACUGGACCUUUCGCUUCGGCUGAAGAUGAAGCGCCUGGCACGAGAUCGGCAGGAAGAGCUGGCUCUGGAUAUGAGCAUCCUAGAGCAACUAAUGACUGAAGAGCGAGAUGAAAAGCAAGAUGAGGUCCUCAAAAAGCUGGAGCGUCAAGAGGAGCAGCGCAGGUACCGGGAGUAUCUGGCAGAGCAGUUGGAAGAGCAGAAACGGCAAGAAGCUGAGACGGAGCAACUGUUUGAAUCAGAGCUGCAGCAGGCCUGGGCCCGCAGGGAGGCACAGUGGCGUCAGGAAAAGGCAGCGAGGGACCGACUCAUGAAGGAUGUCAUGGACACUCGCCGAUUGCAGAUCCAAGAGAAGUUGAAUGAGAAUAUGCAGAAACAGGCUGAGCCUUUCAAAGAGAGAGAGGAGCUUGACCGAAUCCUUCAAGAGAACAAAUUGCUGGAUGAAGAAGAAAAGAAUCGUUUACGGGAGGCCACUCAGGAAUAUCAGGCUGAUUUAUUGGCUCAGAUGCUGUACCGCCAACGCAUUCGUGAAGCAGAACAAGCUGAGAAAGAAUACGAGUUCCAGAAGGGUCUGAUGUACCAGGAGCAGUACAAUAAGAAGAUUCAGGACAUCCUUUCAAGGCCAAUAUCCAGCACCACAGCAGUUCAUCCCUUCAGGAGACGAGAGCGCUCCAACUUUGGUGCACAGUUGGCAUAA